AGGGCACAUAUAGACAAACAACCAUUCACACUCACAUUCAUACCUAUGGACAAUUUGGAGUCACCAAUUAACCUAGCAUGUUUUUGGAAUGUGGGAGGAAACCGGAGUACCCGGAGAAAACCCACACAUGCACGGGGAGAACAUGCAAACUCCACACAGAGAUGGCCGAGGGUGGAAUUGAACCCUGGUCUCCUAGCUGUGAGUAUAUACGUAGCCUCAGCAGCGUCAGCCGGCUCGCUAAUACCUCCGCUGUGCACAAACAUGCGCAGAUGGGAGAGAGGAUUUGCACGGCGCUAAACCCCCAACGGUCCAGAGAAGAGAGCUGGCAGCCCUUCCAGACGCUGGAGCUCAUAGCAGCCAACAGGAGGGCACAUCUUUAAGAGGAGUCCUGUUUUAAAAUGUGGAAAGAAAGCAAUAGGAGAUAAGGAGAGCAGGAUGGGACAUCCCAACAUGCUCCUGACGUUCACCUACCCGUCCAUCCACAGGGACAGACACAAGGCCAGCAGCCUGCAACCCUACACGCCUCAGGCCACAGAGAACCUGAACAAUGCUUUAGGCGCCAUCAGGGUCCUUGGUCUGGAGAUGAUUGAGGAUGAGCUGAAGCCUCACUUGUGUACCGUGCUGGUGAACAUCCAGGAAGGAAAUAAGGGCGCCGCUGAGCAGGUGGUGAUCAGCGGCAUCCUUCCGGUUCUGGCGUGGCUGUUGAGGAGCAGAGGUUCUCUGGCAUUGCUGACGGCCAAACUGGUGUCGGAACUCGCCAAGGAAUCUGUGGUGCGUAAAGCUUUCGGAGACUCUGGCCUGGUGGUGGCUCUGCUGUGCGUGCUGACCAGUCCAGAUCCGGACCUGCUGAGAUACGCCGCUCAGGCCGUAGCUCGAGUAUCUUAUGACAGCUAUAAGCAUCAGCAAUUGCUCCUCCGCAAAGGGGCGGUGCCCCGCCUGGUGGCCGUCCUGCUCCGCUUCCCAGGCAAUGAGGUCCUGGAGGGGUUGUGCCUUCAGGCCCUGUGCAACCUCAGCGGCAUGGGUGUGCCGGAAGAGGGGGGUGUGGUGUGGGAGAGGAACGAGACUGGAACACCCGGGGAGUCUGUCUUCCACGGCGUCUCCUCGCACACGUGUGGCUUCCUGUCGUCUGUGACUUUGGUGCGUGUGUGCCACUGGGCCCCGGCGCAGCACGCCGUCAGCAUUGAGGUGGUGCAACGAUGCUCGUCCUCCUUUUUGAACUUCCACGGCAACAAACGAACCACCGGAUGGUUCCCCUUCACUGGGUUGUGGAGAUGUUCAAAGAUUCCAGGGAGGAACGUCCCGAGGCGCUCCAGUCUGAGGACGCUGGUGUUCCACACCUUCCUCUGAUAGCUGCUAAGACGCUAAGCUAGGCUAGGCUAACUCACCUCCAGUCUCUUGUUGUUUACCCUUAAAAAUGGCAGCUUGCGUUAGAUGCUGUUGUCUUGUUGGCAGCAGUGUCAUUAUUGGACAACUAAUAUCGUGGAAAAGUGGAGCUUCUUUGGCGGCAUGGGUAUACACAACUAGUCGGGUACACUGCAUGGAAAAGCAACAUUUUACCACAUCAAUUGUUCUCUUUAAAAUUGGCACACAUUGAUAGUCUUAGUGUUCAACCACUAGGUGGCGGGCUUGUACUGUACACAUACACCUCUUAUCAAUUACUUCCAUGAAGUCGUCUUGUCUCCAAGAGAGCAUUGAAAUGAACCAACGUUAUUGGACUGCAGCAUCAAGAAAAGCCUUCCAUCCACUUCCCUUCUAAUUAGCACUCCCGUUAUUGCUUCUGACUGGCUGCAGGCAGGCCUACAAUCAAUCCCAACUUUAUUAUUACGCAGAAGUCACUUCAAUAUUUCAUAAUGAGACAAGUCAUGUACAGCAAACUUCAGUCAGGGGUCCAAAGAUCCAAAAGAUCACUUAUACUUUUAGUAUACUAGAAAGUAUACAAAUUUAAUACAUCUUCGGACUAAAUUGGAACAUUUUAAGAUGAUAAAAGUAUACUUUAAGGAUACUUAAAACUACCACAAGUACUGCCACUGUACUUGUUAUAUACCUUGAGUCCCUAUUUUGACUUUAUUAUAAUAUACUUUACACUUUUAUAAACUUUGAUUAGUUUACUAACUUAAGUCUUGUACUUUGACUUUACUUGGCAUGUUGCUUGUAGCUUACUGUUUAUGUACUUGAAAUAUACUCCUUAAAGUAUUCUUCAUGUUCACUCCUGUAUAUGCCCAAGAAUGUGAUACAUUUACAAAAUCACAGGACAGAAUUUAGGAAGCAAGUUUCAUAUAUUUUCAAACAUUUGAAAAAACAAAGACCUAUGAAAUCAAAUACUUAGUGGGGGGAAACGAGAAGGAAAAAGUGCACAUUAGCAUGUAAUACUGUAAACAUAAUGGUCUCUCCAAGAUCAAGUCCUUCAUUGUAAAACAUGAUAAAGUAAAACGGAUUAGUAUCUUCAACUCACACCCACAAUCCUAACGGGUAUAGAGGACCAUCUCGCUAGAUGCUAGCGUGCCAGUGGUGAGGGAUGCUGUCAAGCUGAAGAAGGAGUCCUAGGGGGCCAUUUUGGAGCAUGGCACUCUGGAAGCAGAUAACGGGUAUACCAGCAGGCCAAGUGAUAUGCGGCUUUGGUGAUCACCUAACCUAGUCAAAAACUCUUGGGAGACUUCUGUUCUGGGAUUGCAUGGAGAAGGACUUCCGGAUGUCUUUGAAGAGAUUCAGGCCCACCAUCUGCCAUCUCAGGAGAGGAGCAUAGCUGUAUGUGGUGGAUAACUGUAUGGGACUUUGGCCCGUUAAUUUUAUGGAUAGAAUUUCUAGGUGCAGCCAUGGCGUUGAGGACCUAUGGUUAGGUGGCUGCAGGUUUGGGUCUCUGCCUUUUGCAGAUGAUGUGGUCUUGCUGGCUUCAACAGGCUGUGAUCUUGAACUCUCAUUGAAUUGGUUUGCAGCCAAGUAUGAAGUGGCUGGGAUAAGAACAUUAUCACAUACUACAGUAUUAAUUGGCCCUGUACCCUAGAAACCGCCCUUGAAUGAUACGGGAAAAGGCCGAAAUGAUACUGUGUCAAAGGCCAGGGCAGUGAUACUGAUAAAAUAUAGAGUUUAACCAUGUCCAGUAUCAGCCCCCGUAGCUGUCCACUCAGAGCGCGCUGCUCUGGUAUCGUACCCGUGAAACAACCAAUCAGAGAACAGCGCACGAGCGUGAACACACAACAUUUGUUUUGCUGCCGUCUGUGCUCUGUCAACAUGUCAGCGGUUGACACUCCCAGCGAAAGACAAAUAGGGAAAAUAGCAAACAGAAUAUUAGAAAUGGAACGUUUUAUCACCAUUAAUGAGGAGGACACUCUUGAAACGAUCGAAAAAACUAAAAAUGCGGAUACAAGUCAGGCUUAACUUUCUAAACUCCGCGCAUGUGACAGGAAAUGUCACUGUAACUAUAAAUAUUCCUAGUGCUUCUCCAGUCACAAAAAAACCCCAAACUUGAUUAAUGGAACUUUAAUUGUCAGACAUUGAUAAGAUAAGACUGUUGAUAAAAUUAUAUAUAUCAUAUUAUUGUUGAAAUAUUUUUGCAAUUAUUGUGUUUACAUGGUUUAGAUAUAAUACAUGUAAUAAACUGAAAAUUUUCUGGAAACAAAAUGGUCUUUUGAUGAAAUAGUACGUGAUAAUAAGCUCAUGAUUAAAUAGUAUGUGAUAAUAAGAUCAUCACAUGGUUUGUCUGGUAUCAGGCACAGUAUCAUGCCCCCAAGUGUCAGUAUCAGUCCCUAACCUAUAAGUACCUCCACAUCUGAGUCCAAGGUUCUGGCCCGGAAAAAAGUCCCAUCUCCAAGGCAGGAAUGACAUCCUGCCCCAAGUGGAGGAGUUGAAGCACCUCUUUUUCACAGAUGCGGACUCUGCAUCGGAAUGUUCUGGUGAAGAGGUAGCUGUGCCUAAAGGCAAACCUCUCAAUUUAGUGGUGGAUCUAGGUUCCUACCCUCACCUAUUGUCAUGACUUUGGGUAGGUUUCUCCUUAGGGUGGCUGGGCUCUCCCUUCGAGAUUAGGUGAGAAGCACCGUCAUCCAGGAGAAACUUGCAGUCAAACCCCUGCUCCUCCGCACUGAGAGGAGCCAGAUGAGAUUGCUCAGGACGCCUUCCAGGCGCCUCCUUGGGGAGGUGUUUAGGGCCAGCCCGGUAGGAGGCCUCGGGAAAGACUGAGGACAUGUUGGAGAGACUAUGUUCCUCAACUAGCCUGGGACUGCCUUGGGGUCUACCCCAGCGACCCCCUGACCUUGGAUGAGUGGAAGCUGAUGGAUGGAUGUUGUGCUAAGAUUUUAGCGUUGGUGCUGAUUAUGAUAUCAUUGUGGUGUCAGAUCCUCUGCAUGAAUUGGUCAUAUGCAAGCCAUACCAGCAAUGAUGUCAUCCACACAGUCUUUGUUAUGGGCGGAUAUUUCUGUAUGUUCACUUCAUAUAAUAAAGUGAAAUUAAAACAGCCAUGAAUGGAAACAAUGUGGUCAUCGUAACAAACCAACACGUUUAAUCACCAAACCUGAAGAUGCAGGAAGUUUGAUUUGCUUAUGUAUAUUACAGUAAUAAAACUCUUAUCAAUAAUUCAACAGGAACUUUUGCAUGGAAGGCUUUUUUAAUUCUUGCUUUGUCUUUGCAAAUGAAGAGUUUGAACUUGAACCCUGUUGCUGUUUUCGGCAUGCUUGCAUCAGGUUUUGUGGGUAAUUGCACAACAAGCAUGGAGUGGCGCUGCACACCAACCAUGGAUGCCAUCCUUGUGUCAUGUCUCACCAAAGUCAGGCGCCACUGCCGAACAUCGGUGAUGUCUGUACGUGACGCUCGUCAUCAACAUCAUUCCCAGCACACCCCCGGCAGUGUUUGGAGAAGCUUCCGGAAGCUGAAAGCAUAAACAGUCCACUGACCUUUGAUCCUUUGCCAUCAUGGUGCCAGAGGCUGAAAUUUGUGGCAGGUAGAAGAGUGAACCUGGUAGAUCUUGGAUCGAGUUCAGGGGUGCUUGUUCUUUUUAUUAUGGAAAUCCAAUGGUCCAUGGGUGGAACACUCCUGGUCUGACGUCAGCCAUCACUCAAAAACCAUCAUCACCCUUUUCAGCAAGACAAGUCACUUGACAACUGCUAACAAGUGUUAACCUGAUAUAUACUGUAUAUAAUAUAAUUUUAUUAUUAUUAUUAUUAAUAUAAUUAUAUUACUUAUUUAUUUUAAUUACAUAAUGAUUAUAUUUCUAUUUACUAUUGUUAUCUUUAGUAGUAGCAGGGAUUUACAGUUGAGGACAAAAUUAUCAGCCCUCCUAUGAAAUUUGAAUUUUCUUCAAGAUAUAUAUAUAUACAUAUAUAUACACACAGUAGGAUAUAUAGAUUUUUAUGCCGUUUUAUGCCAUGUGUAUGUUAUUAUUUUUAAAUUUAUUGUGUGGUCUUCUGUCUUUCGUACUCCUUUAUUGUAUUUUUUUGUUCUUGUCUUUGUAUUUUAUAUUGCUUAUUUAACCCUACAACAACUAUUAACGUAUUAUUAUUGUUAUUAUCAUUACUAAAGAGAAGAUACCUAAAAUAUAUAUUGAUUUAGAGUUGUCCAUCAUCCACAAUCCUUACGUGAAACAUGAACACGUCUUUCUCUUUGGUUUGCCUUCUAAAGAUACAAAAACAAGUGAAAAGAGGCAGCCAAUGAAUGCACGUCGUGGGACACACCCGUUGGGCUGAGAAAGGCGGCUCCAAAAAGCUCCAGCAAGGUUUUCUAUCGAUGCUGUGAGCAUGUAGUCACAGGUACAUUGAUGCUAACAUGUCAUACUUGGAGUAUUUUAGUAUAACGUCCUUCCUGGGUGCAUUGAUGUCACAUAGCAACAUAGAAAGGAAGGCUACAUCUAGCCUCCAAAACUAAAACAUGUAGCGUUACCUUUGGCUAGCGGCAUGAGGCAUCGGGAGCCAGUGUUUGCUGAAGCUAGUCGCUAUUUGGCUAGUAGUUAGCCCCAGUGGUGAGGCGAGAACAUAAUAAUGUUAUAGUGUUAAAAUAAUGUUGUCAUUAUAAUUACAAUCAAGCCCACAUGAUGGACAUGGAGCCUUGGUGGCCUUGGUCUUUAGAAGACACAGAAAAGACACUUCCAUAUAUGAAGCAACGAGUGUUUAUUUAUGCUAAUGUAAGCUUUAUCGCUGUGGGAUAACUCAGACGUGACCCCCAGGGAAAUACUUUGUGCAACGCUGGGAUGAUUGACAGCUCUACAUGCAGAUAUGUGCAAGUUUUUUAUGCUGCCAGUGUCACGUUUACUCUAUGACAUAUUGGCCAAUUAGUCUUUAAAAGCAGUCAUGCAGUCAUCUUCAUCUAAAUAGAGCCCUGAGGCACUAAGUAACCUAACUGGGCAACGCUAGCAACAGCGCCGUACAUUUCAUUAUACUCUAUUUCUAUGUUGACGUACAACCCCGUACUAAAUGACAGUUUUUCCAAAAAUUGUUAAGUCAUAAAUUAAUAUUAUUAGUCCCAAACUAUAGAAAGACAAGCUAUACGUAGUAUUAUGCUCACUAGGCAUCAGUGAUGAUAUGAGUUAGUAGAUGACAUUACCUUUCACAUUGCAUGGAGACUGGAUACUGAACCAGCAGAACCCAGACCACAUGCCUUGGCCGAGACAAAACUGCUUGUUUGCAGAAAAACAAAUGGUCACAGGAACCAAUUAACCAAUGAUUGGUUCUGUGAUAAGUGAAUAUCAGCAAAUUAGGAUUCAUUAUUUCUAAAUGGAAUAUUUUCAUGUUAAAAAAAUACAAUGAAAAUACAUUGAAAAUAUAUUUUUUUACAUUAUUCGAGCCCUCUAUACAUGACAUAACACCCCUAUAUUCACCUUGACACUCCUACAGAUACAGACAGAAGAGGAGAAAAUAAGACAUGUUAGACAGUUUACCUGGUGGGGGCGCAGCAUGGGUGGCAGACAGGAAGUGCUGUCAGGGGUUCAGAGUUAAAUUUAAGCUUGUUGUGCUUGUUAUUAUUCACUUCCAUUCUCCUCCGCUUAUCCGGGCAGCCGUCUCAAUAGGUCUCCUAGGUCUGCCCCGGGGACUUCUCCCUGCUGGACAUGCCUGGAUCACCUCACCAGGGGGACUAGAUGCCUGAGCCACCUCAACUGGCUCCUCUCCAUGUGAAGGAGAAGCAGCUCUGAGCCCCUCCCAGAUGAGCGCCCCCUAUCUCUUAGGAUGAGUCCAGCUACCCUACGAAGUAUCCGCUUGUAUCUGUGAUUUCGUUCUUUCGGUCACGAACCAAAGCUCAUGACCAUAGGGGGGGUGGAAACACAGAUCCACCGGUCGGCCUCCCGGAUCAGCUCUCUGUAUGACUGCAGACGCUGCGCCGAUCCGACUGUCGACCUCACGUUCCCACCUUCCAACUUGAACUCCUCCUGAGGCAGGACCUCAUUCCCAACCCCGAGGGAGCACUCCACCCUUUUCCGACUGAGAACCAUGGCCUCUGAUUUGGAGGUACUGAGUCUCACCCCAGAAGCUUCCCACUCAGAUGCAAACCGUCCCAGUAAACGCUGAAGGUCGCAGCCUGAAGAGGCCAUCAGGACCACAUAAUUUGCAAAGAUGAGAUCCUAAGGUCCCCGAUCCGGACUCCAUCGACGCCUUGGCAGUGCCUAGAAAUUCUGUCCUUGGCGGAGGCCAACGUUCACCGGAAACAGGCUUGACUUUAAAGCUGGCAAUGCCAACCAGGUUUCUCCUUCGGUUCUACAAGGACCGGAUGGCAUGUAGCGUGUGACCAAUCCACCAAUCCCGUACUCCCAGAGCACCCCCCGAAGGGCACUGCAAGGGACACCGUCCAACGUCUUUUCAGAGUCCACAAAGCACAUGGAGACUGUUUUGGCAAACUCCCAUGUACGCUCUUGCACCCUCACGAGAGUAUAGAGCUCUUGUGGCUGAGGUUCAAAGAUUACCCUUCUCUCCAGCACCCUGGAAUAGACUUUCCCAGGAAGGCGAUUGUGAUCCCCCUUAAGUUGGAACACACCUUCCGGUCACCCUCUUGAAAAGUCUGCCAACCCUGAGGUACUGUUCCCGACUUGCAUUCAAUGUUGAAGAGGCCAAGUCAGUCCCUCAACAUCCUUUUAUUAUCAUUAUGAAUAUGUUAUUAUCAUCAUGUCUGUUGUGAGGUCUUUUAAAGCGUCUGUAAUAAAAAACGCUGUUCUGGUGUUGGCGCUUGUAGAUGCUAGGAAAAGGUGUAUUUGAUUGUGGAGAAAGAUGGUGGAGCAUAGGUGACUGACGGUGUUCCACCUGAUGAGCUGCUGAUGAAGGCGGGAGCGUCGUUAUCAACAAGUGAAGCUUUUUGCUUCCAGCCUUCCCGCUUUCACCUGUCGUCCUCUUGGCUCGUUUCUCCUCGUUUCGCUCCAUCUGUCAGCGCGAGUCUCCCGGCCCCGUCACUCGGCCGUCAUCUCCAGCAGCGUGGAGGGACGCCAGCGGCUGUCUCACUGGGGAAGGCAUGAGAGGAAUAUUUCCUCUCAUUAAGGAGCCGUGGCCAUUAACAAUGUCAUGUGGGAGCUGUUUGAUGUCCAAAAGAUAGCGAGAUGGUGCUUUAAUCACCUUUGAACUCUCUGAAGUUGUGAGCAGAAAGAACUCCAAUGAAUUAAUAAACAUCACCAAGGAAGGUGGAGAGGAAUCUCCAGAGGAGAUGUGACAGAAGAUCAACAUGUCAGUGGAUUGUCUCGAGGAAACGUGAACCUUUUUUGCCUUUUUUCCGACAGCAUUAGUGAUGAGCGUGACAGAAGCGAUGGAGUCAUUUGGACCCUCCAGACCGCCAUGCUUCUGUGAGAUCUUUGGAUUGAUACACCAUUGCUUUGUUCGCCCUCCUGUUUGGCUCCAUUGCUCUCGUCCGACUCCCAUUUGGAUUGGAAUCCUCCGUCUGCAAGCAAUUUCCAUGAAAGAUUCUUGUCUUCCUGUCUGGACUAAAACAGCAGGGGGCAGAAGAAGCAUCCAAAAUGAACAACCCCACCAACCAUUUGAUCUGUAAAGAGAAUGUUUGUCAUUCUAGGUGACAGGAUGAUGGAUGGCUUCAUGACGCCUGAGCAACAGAUUGGUGUUAGCAUGCAACAUGUUCCCACCACAAACGUGUCAGCUAACUGAUAGCAUACAGCCCUCACGUCUUCCUCACACUUUCCAUCUCCAACAAAGUGACCAUCCUUCAUGUCUUUAUGGUACCCUUGGCUUUGUGUUGGUGUUGGACCAUCUUUAUGCUAGCAGGCCACUUCCUGUAAGAAAGUCACACCUCUCUUUUCAUGUCUUACUGGACACAUAAAUAACUACUAAAUAAUCCAGCAGCCUGUCAGGUGGGGGUGAUAGAGUUGUGAGAGAGCUAGUGAGUGAGUUACUUAGUCAGUUAGUGAGAGAGUGAGUUAGUGAGUGAGUUACUCAGUGAGAGAGCUAGUGAGUGAGUGAGUGAGGUAGUUAGUGAGUGAGUGAGUGAGUGAGUUAGUCAGUCAGUCAGUGAGUUAGUGAGAGAGCUAGUGAGUGAGUGAGUUAGUUAGUUAGUGAGAGAGCGAGAGAGAGAGAGCUAGCUAGUUAGUGAGAUAGCUAAUGAGUGAGGUAGUUAGUCAGUGAUUGAGUGAGUGAGUUAGCUAGUUAGUGAGAGAUAGUGAGUCAGUUAGUGAGUGAGUUACUUAGUGAGAGAGCUAAUGAGUGAGUCCGUCAGUCAGUGAAGGAGUGAGUUAGUGAUAGAGCUAGUGAGUGAGUUGGUUAGCGAGAGAGCUAGCUAGUUAGUGAGAAAGCUGGUGAGUGAGGUAGUUACUGAGUGAGUCAGUGAGUGAGUCAGUUAGUUUGUGAGCGAGGGAGUGAGUUAGUUAUGAGUUAGAGAGAGAGAUAGCUAGUCAGUGAGAUAGCUAAUGAGUGAGGUAGUUAGUGAGUGAGUCGGUGAUUGAGUGAGUGAGUUAGUUAACUAGUUAGUGAGUCAGUUAGUGAGUUACUUAGUGAGAGAGCUAGUGAGUGAGUCGGUUCGUGAGAGAGAGCGCGAGCUAGUUAGUGAGAGAGCGAGUGAGUGAGGUAGUUCGUGAGUGACUCAGUUAGUUAGUUUGUGAGUGAGGUACUGAGUCAGUGAGUUUACAGUACCUGUUUACAGUAUAGUAUAGUAAAAUAAGUGAUUUUGUUUUUCCCAACAAAUAAAACCUUGUUUAAAGAUCCCACUGCAUCCACAGGUUGCUUCAUUUAAGAAGUUCUGACAUGCUUGAGAUAGAAGCAUGUCUACUAUGAAGUAGUAGGUCAUCUUCACCCACCUGUAAAUAUGUCCCAUGUCCUGGUUUAAUUUAGGAUUUCUUACCAAGUAAAUGUACUUUAGAUAAUUUCACAAAUUCAACGUCAUUUUGUCCAAAGAUCUAGUCUUUUUUAUCUCACAUUUGGCCCUUUUUGCAGUGUAGCAAACUUUGUCUGUUUUUAAUGUCACUUUGAUGCAUUUCUUUGGUCGUUAGAGAGGCAGCCUUUCAUCCCGGAUGAAAGUGUCCAUCUAUGAGGAUAUUUUUAUUCAUGUUACACGUGCACGCUGCCCGCCGCACUUAGACCAACGUGACACCUUUUUCAUCUCUGGCUCCCCUUCUCCACCUGUGCCGCUGCGCUUUUGUCGUGGUAUUCAUCAGGCAUCGACCAUCUCGCCACGUCGCAGCACGCCGCCUACCAAGACAUAUGUCACCCCGGGAGACGGCGUGUCUAUUUUACGCGGCAAAAUCAAUGUGGGCGCAAGUAACAAGCAGCGAGACAACAAGGUCUUACUACUCUGGGAAAAAUGGAGUGAGCUUGCGUGCGCUUGCUGUCAGGUACACAUGGACAUAACAUUAGGUACAGCAUGGGAUGAUAAUUCCGCUGCGCUACAUUAGCAAAAAAUGCUGCUAAAUAUGUCACAGCCCAUCAUGGCAAUGUACAGACAGCAUGCACUUUAUCCCCCCUUGUGUGGGACGAUAUUCCCAUCUGUCUAUUUUCUAUGCCGCUUAUCCUCACUCGGGUGGAGGCAUGCUGGAGCCUAUCCCAGCUGACUUUGUAUUUUGUAUUCACUUCCUCUGUUGCUCUAUUCUGUUUCCUUUCAAUUAUCUCCCGCACCUGUUUCCUAUUUUCUGUUGUCUAUUUAGUUCAGGUGUGCGCUCCCUUGGUUGUGGCUGAGGAGGGGACCUCCAGCGACUGUGGACCCAAAUAACUUUGGUCUGUGGGGAGAUCAUCUGCCAGGGCUUUCAAACUGAAGUCACCAAUCCAAACGGCUUUUCCUUCUACAUUUCUCCCCGCUUGUGGCGCCACAUCCGCCACUGCAUCCUCCAAGCAUGGGGCGGCCAUUAGUGCCUUCAUUGUUAAGCCUUCAGCAUUAUGAGAAGCCAGGAAAUGAUGGCAUACUGGAAAGGACAGCAACCAUUGGUGAUGGGAGGACGUUGACUCUACUCAUUUGCAUAUUAUGAGGUCACGGCUGAGGAAAGGCCAGACACCCAUCAGCAUGUCUUCCUCGUCCCACACCCAUCAUCAUCCUCCUGCUGCUACG